CUAGAUCCACAUUAAAAUCUUCAACCACAAUUUCCAUAGAUAUUUUAUCUUGCAAGAAAUCACCACCACCACCACCCUCAUAUUAUAAAUAACAGAACAACCCUAUUGAAGUCUUACAAAAAAAAGAAGCUAUCAUCAUUCAUUGGUUAAAAACAAUUAACAAAGAAACAAUGGCAUCAACUGGACCUAAUGAUUUUUUAGCCAGUGCAAAGGGGGCAGCAGCAUCAGCACAGACAACUUUGGGGCAACAAGGUGAAAAAGUAGGAGCUGCUGCAGCUGGUGUUCAGAAGACUGUUGGAGAGUAUGUUACCAAGGCUACUGAUUAUGUUCAGGGCAAACCAGAGGAGCCUCCUAAAUCCGAAGAAGGUGUCAUUGGUGGUGCUAAAAAGACUGUUGGAGGCUUAUUCAAAUGAAAUAAAUACUCUCACUCAUUUAGCAUCUUGUGAUUAAUUAAUUCAUUAAUAAGGACAUUAAACUUGCCAUAUCCCUUUAAGUAUUCAUUGUUGUGUUGUGUAUCUUAUCCUAUAGUAUAAUAAUUUCCUAUAGGAUAGGAUAUAUAUGCAAUCUGUUAGCACUGUGUUGUAAUGGAUCGACUAUGUUUGUUUCUGUUUUGCUUAAUUCUGUUUCAUAUAUUAUUAUUCAAUUUUGUUUC